AUGUUGAGAACAGGAUUCAUUAAUCAAUCUAUAAGAUCAUUAUCAUUGAAUGGUCGCAUUGGCAACAUCAGCAGCAUCAACAGCAGCAAUAUAUUGUAUAGAAAUGGUUCAAUCAGACAAUACUCUUCAACAGAGACAACUGAAGAGAAUGACUCAAACAAAUCAACAACAACACAAACAUAUAAAACAAUAACACCAGAAUAUAGAAUCAAUAUGGAUGAUUUGGACAUUGCCAACACUAUAAAGUCGACCAAGACCAAGAUCAUUGCGAUGCCAUUCGAGUACUCAUACACCUCAUUCUACAAGGGCAAGAGGUCCACCAGGAAGGGAUUCACCAAGAAGAAGGCACACCUCAAAGAGUUUGGUGUUGUGCCCUACGUCUUCCCCGAGUCUAUGUUCCGUCAGGUCAUCGCUCCCAUCCCUCUCGAUGAAGUCAACAAGAACAGCACUGUGACCAAGCAGCAACAGGAGCAGCAGCAGCAACAACAA